AUGGCUGUGCCAAUUGUACAAAAGGACACAAAUUGGUUCAACUGUAGUUACAACACUGAUGAUAAAUCUCCAGGGAACACGGCGAUAAUCAGGCCACUUUCUGGAGCAUCUGUAACCAUUCAACAGUUUUGCUUCGCAGCUUGUUUACCUACAACUAUAAGUCAUUGUACGAAGUAUACCUCCAGAAUGAACAGGUGGCUGGUAAAAUUGGGAGUAAUCUUCAUAGUGUUGGUGUCUCUUCACGCUGAGAAAAAACUAACCAUUCCUGGUCUAGACUACACAGUCUGUGAUGUCACCGCCAACGAAACACUUUCUCCUCUGCCGGACCUGGCCGUGGACUUCUCAACAGUUCUAGAGUGGAAGAUCGUGAAUGAGAACCUCACAGUCAGUGUUCACGAAUUCAAGUCUAAAAUAGAGAUGAAAAGUUCGCUUUUAGUAACAGAAGAAGGAAUCACCACUCGGGUGAUUUACGACAAUUUUAUGGAACAGUAUGCUAUUAUCAAGCAAGAUUUAAGUGGUGCCUACUCAUGUGUUACUCAUCAACGAAACAGUGAGUUGACCCUCAUUGACGAUAAGAUCUGGUAUGUCACCACCUCACAACUCUUCAAAACUAUAGAGACUUCACACGUGCAUUUUGUAGAGGAUACACAAAUACGAGACAUCGAUGUUAGUCACUACAACACCUGUAUGUUCCUAUAUUCAUACAACAUGACAAUAAAAGUAGACCUAUUUUUUGCAGCCCGAGGAUGGAAGUCUCCACUAGCUGCCCCAGAUUCCCUGAUACCAGUGAGGAUAGAAAUAAUAGGCACACAGAAUUUGGUGAAGCAGGUCCAUGUCAUAGGCGAUUACAUCGACUUCAAACCCUCUCCAGCAUUUGAUCAAACAAUGUUACAGCAACCCCCUGGUGUGUACUGCCACGGAUACGGGACCCCAACAGACAACAGAAAAAUGUCGCCAAGUUUUUCGGCAGUUCUGGAGAAGGUCGACAUGGAUUUUAACACGAUCACCUAUGAAACUAUAUAUUUUGAUUCCAAGAGAAAGAGAAUUCGUAGAGACCACAAAUCAGCUGAUGGUACAGAUUCUGAUACUUUCUCUGAAUUUUAUGACUUCAAAACAGGUAUCCUGUAUACAGUGGACACUUACAUUGGCGUGUGUACACCGUCCACACUGCAGAAAGGUGUCCGCUUUGUGUCGGAAGAGUCUGACAAUGCUACACCGAUGGGUCUCAGUAUGGUCACUGCUGAAGAUGUAUUUCACCUUGAUACAAAACUUAUACAAUUUGUUGGCAAGAGAAUUACCCGUGGAAUAUAUUGUCAAGUAUGGUGUGGGCUGUAUUUGGACCCAGAGACUGGCAGCAAUAACACUGUAGAGUGGUAUUUUACUGAGGGCGAGUGGGUGGAGGCGUCAGGUAACUCUGUGAUAUCAGGGGCGCUGAUUCGUAUGGACGUCUGGAAGGGAAGCGACAAUAAACCGAUUAUCUACCAUAUACAUAAUAUGGACAGCUCUAUUCCACCACUAUCAACCUUUGACCUCAGCGCGUGCUUUCCUACACAGAGGAAGACAAAUUUUGUCAUAAACUUUGAAAUACAGCAAAAUAAGACCUACUAUGAUAUGAGUGAAUCCUUCCUUCAGGAUACUAUACACGAGGAGUUGACCACAGAUUCCUUCAUUGAUCCUGUCCGUAUCACCAACAUACAGAUGGAGCCAGUUAGUGACAAAGAAUUCCUGUUUGUGGGAACCUUAUUAGAUCAAGCGCCCAUUAUCAACCCGUACAUAAUACCUCCUGUUUACAACCGUAUCACGCUGGAAGCAUCCCUAGACUUUCUACAUGGAAUGGUUGAUGGUACCUGGGAAAAAAAUGUCACUGGAAAAACAGGACAGGCAAUAACUAUUGUUGGUAAUGAAAUAGUCGAACUGAGUUAUAAACACCUGAUAGCUACCACGACGACGAGGGCUACCCAGCCACCAACAUUUCUAGUGCCCACGCUUCCACAUCCAACGAAUAAAUCUGGGAAUCCCCCAGCUGUUGCCUCAUCGACGCCCUCUCGAACCCCAGCUCCACCUUCCAUCGGUCCCACAACGCCCUCCACAGUCAGACCAACUCUCAAGCCAACACCGAAACCAACACCGAAACCAACACCUAAGCCUCCGGCAAGACCAGUGACCAAACCAAGACCUUCAUCGAAUACUACCGAUCAGACCGUUUGUACCUGUCCUACAGUUACUUGUCCUACAACAAUACCUUCAUCAACAUCUGCACCAGUGACUUGUCCCACAGUACAAUGUCCCAGCACACGUCCAGACCAGACUACUAGUCCAAGACCAGUCAGAUGUCCGAGAGUUACCUGUCCUUCACAUCAACAGCUAAAAACAUCCCCCGUGAUGCAAACAUCGACGACUUCGACAAAAUCACAUCCUGGUCAACAGUCUGCACAACAAAGUCCCGACAACAGAUCUACAGGCAUUUCAGGUGGCGCAGCUGCUGGUAUAGCUAUGGCAAUGCUGAUUGUAGGGCUGGCGAUUGGUUUCAUUGUUACGAGAUUUUAUCAUGUUCGGAACUUCAGAGGUUUAUUACAACGAAAUCCUAAUGAUUAUGAGGAUGAUAUAAAUUAUUAA